CAUCAGCCUGAAAACCCUGCAGCUCUCUGCAACGCCACUGUUCCGCACGCAGGCGGCGAAAAGAUCACGCACCUUGGGUUCGGCACCGUCCUCCAUCGAAAUCGGCGGCGGCGCCGAGGGCCCCGCAGCAAUGCAACCGCCGCCCGCGGUGAUGACGGCCUCCUCGUCGGAGAAGAAGGCGGCGAAGCGGAGGAGCGGACCACCGAGGCCCCGAGGGAGGAAGUCGCAGCUCGCCCUCCUCGGGGGGUGCUCACCUGGAAAUGCAUUUGCUCCACAUAUACUGCUUAUCAAUCGGGGAGAGGAUAUUACCUCCAAGAUUAUGCUGUUAUCAGAGCUGCACUCCAAAUCCAUCUGCAUUCUAUCAGCCAAUGGCCCAUUAUCAGCUAUAACUCUCCGUCUAUCUUCACAUUCAGGUGGCCUUGACAAUGCAGUUUACCAGGGUCAGUUUGAGAUAAUUUCACUAAAAGGCUCUUAUCUGCUGUCUGAUGAGGGUGGCUCAGGAAACAGCAAUGGGGGUUUAAGCAUUAUGGUUUCUACUCCUUGCGGCAGCUUGUUUGGAGGUAGCGUUGGAGGGCCGCUGAUAGCUGCAGACCCUGUGCAGGUAAUUGCUGGAAGCUUCAAUUACACAGUGACAGAGGAAAAGGAGGAGCCAAAGACCAGUGACAGCCAACUUAAUGAGCUGAAAGUACCUUGGGAGCUGGAUGCAAUGCCUUAUGAACCAUUUUCACCUUUGCCUCUGUUUGGGUGGUCCAGGAUUGAAGAUGUCAAACUUGAUCGCCAUGACUUCGACCUGACCAAUGGUUAGCACUUGGCUUCACUAUGCUGCGACAUAUGCAUGAAGAUAAUACAUGAUGGAGAUAUAACGUAACAGUUGUAAGGGCAAGCUAUUAAAAACUUUGGUUUCCAAAGAUAUUUUGUGGGCGGAAGUGUACUUCCAAACUCAAAUUCGCGGAGGAAAAGUAGUUCUAAAUUCUAACCAAGACUUCUAGAGACGUGUAAAAUUGAUAUGUCGUUUGCUAAGUCGGGAACAACGGUGUAAUUCCGCAUACUUAUAUCCGCGAGAGCUAUAAACUAGUAAUAACAAGUCAUUUUAUGUCGAAGGAUUAUGAAAUGCACAUUCAGAUGACAGAGGCGCCUUCUGAACAUUUGUGAUAUGUGGGAUUUACCUAUGCUACCCAUGAUCUUGGCACAAAAUUAGGCUAAGUUUCUGUGCUACGCAUUACCACCUAUUGGUGGUUGCCGCUAUUAAAUGCAGAGUUGAAUCAUGCUAUCAAGCUGAUGCAGCAAUGUGAGAAAUUAUGUUCUUCAGAAACUUGACCAGACAACAACACGAUCCAAUGAAAGGCACACCGAACAGCUACAAUAUUUGAAUUCAUUCAUUAACACGACAUAUACAACAAGUACAGAGCAGGAUGCUGAAAAUAUAGCAGAUGCAUCCUCUGAAAUGCUGGGUACAGAUUUUAUUUCAACACGACAUUAUUCUUGUUUCUAGAAUACAGAGUGCCGAUUUCUCCAGACGCU